CUCCUGACACAUUACACCAAUUCUCACAGGAGCGUGCAACCCUACGUCUCCCUCCUUUCUUCAGAGCACCCAACACAGGCAGGACAACAGUGCUGGCAGAGCAUCCAGGGCAGCACCCUGCAUAUGUGCAGAGCCCCAUGCUUUGGAACAUCAAGGAAACAGAAAGCAAAUAAAUUAUGUUCUUCAGAUUCUGGUGGCUUUUGUGGAUACUUGAACAACAUGAAUUUUUAGCAGAAAAUCUCAGUGAAGAAAAAAGAUAUGGACUGAAAAGACCCACAACUAAACACAUUCUGUCAAAUACUAUAGAAAAAUAUCCCAGCCCAAGUGAUCAAGAUGAAGACUGCAUUCUGGAGAUUGCUUUUUUACUGGACAGCUCCGAAAGUGCUAAGCAUUAUAAUCAUGAACAGCAAAAAAAAUUUGUUCUGGAAAUGGUAGACCAAAUGAAAGGUCUGCAGCUUAGUUCUGGACGGACCCUUAGUUGGAGGAUGGCCUUACUCCAGUAUAGCAGCACUGUUUCCACAGAGCAAACUUUUCGUGACUGGAAAGGUCCGGAAGCAUUCAAAUCCCACAUUGCUCCUAUCACCUACAUAGGUCAUGGUACCUACACAACUUACGCUAUUACUAAUCUUACACAACUCUACAUGACAGAAGGGACUCCAGGUAGUUUGAAACUAGCUGUACUCUUCACUGAUGGAGUUGACCAUCCAAGAAACCCAGAUAUUUUUGCAGCUACAGCUGAUGCUAAAUACCAAGGAAUUGUAUUGUUCACAAUGGGAAUGACCAGAGUGGCUGAGGAGGUUAGCAAUGCUGCCAAGCUCCGGCUCCUGGCCAGUGUCCCAGCAUCCAGAUUUGUUUCCAAUCUCCAGGAGAAAGGAACUGUGGAGAAGGUUCUCACAGAAAUGAAGGAUCUGUCAGAAGAACAAUGUCCCCAGGCUGCCAUAUGUAAAUGUGAGAAGGGGGAGAGGGGACUUCCUGGCCCUGCUGGCAAAAAAGGUCGUACUGGGGAUGAUGGAACUCCAGGCCUGAAAGGAGCAAAGGGGGAACCAGGCCUUAAUGGAAUUCCAGGACGAGAUGGAAUAGAGGGAAAAUCUGGAUACAAAGGAGAGAAGGGUGAAAGAGGUGAAUGUGGAAGCCCAGGGACAAAAGGAGACAAAGGUCCUGAAGGUCCAAUUGGCCCCAGAGGUACAAGAGGGCUGCAGGGUCCACAAGGACAACCUGGAGAUCAGGGGCCUGAAGGCCUGCCAGGAUCAAAGGGUGAAAGAGGUCUCCCUGGGCCACCUGGUUUGCCUGGAGAGACUGGAAUAGGACUGCCAGGCCCAAAGGGUGACACUGGCUUGACAGGAAGACCGGGCCCAGUUGGCCCACCUGGAGUUGGUGAGCCAGGAGUUCUGGGGCCUCAAGGACCACAAGGUGUUCAAGGGGAACGAGGUUUACCAGGAGAAGGGCUUCCAGGAGCAAAGGGAGACCGUGGUUUUGAUGGACCAAAAGGCGCUCGUGGACUUCCAGGCAUCAGCAUAAAAGGUGAAAAGGGUGAAUUUGGUCCACCUGGUUUACCUGGACCAAUAGGAUUACCUGGAAUUGGAAUUCAAGGAGAGAAGGGAGUGGAAGGCCCCAAAGGACCUCCAGGCUCUAGAGGGCUACCAGGACAGGGACUACCUGGACCAAAGGGUGAACAAGGCUUGCCAGGAGAGACUGGAGUGCCAGGAGAAAGAGGUAUUGGAGAGCCUGGUUCUAAGGGUGAGCCAGGACUUUCAGGACUGGCAGGUCUGCCUGGCCUUCCAGGAGAAGAUGGAGCCCCUGGACAAAAGGGUGAACCAGGAUUACCUGGUCUUAGAGGUCCUGAAGGUGCUCCAGGAGUUGGAAUACAGGGGGAGAAGGGAGAUCAAGGUCAGAGAGGAAUACGUGGAUUAACAGGACCAACAGGAGUGCCUGGGCCUGCAGGAGCUAAAGGAGAGCCUGGUGUACCAGGACGUCUUGGAAUGCCAGGCCCUCCUGGAAGAGCUGUGCCUGGACCAAAGGGUGACAUUGGCCUACCUGGUCUUGCUGGACCAAUUGGAGAACCAGGUUUUGGGCUCCCUGGGUCAAAGGGUGACAGAGGUCUUCCAGGACUCCCCGGACCCUAUGGGCCAAAAGGAGAUGGUUACCCCGGUCCACCUGGCUUGCCAGGCCUUCCUGGGCUUCCCGGUGAGCAAGGCCCUGAUGGAGUUGGACUACCAGGACCUAAGGGUGAUGUUGGUAGUAGAGGACCAAUUGGUCUCCCAGGUCCCCCAGGAGAAGGUCUGCCAGGACCAAAAGGAGCCACAGGACGCCCAGGGCUGCCUGGCCCUGCGGGACCUCCUGGUGAAGGCAUUCAAGGAAUUAAGGGGGAACCAGGAAUUCAAGGAAUGCCAGGACCACGAGGCCCCCCUGGAGAAGGGCUUCUGGGACAGAAGGGAGAUCGAGGAGCAACAGGUGAAAAAGGGAAAAAAGGAGAAAAGGGCGAUGUGGGUGAUCCUGGUUUAUCCGGAGAACCUGGCAAAACUGGACCAAAGGGAGAGCAAGGCCUAACAAGAGAAGACAUAAUUAAAUUAAUUAAAGAGAUAUGUGGUUGUGGUAUUAAAUGUAAGGAAAUUCCUAUGGAGCUUGUAUUUGUGAUUGACAGCUCUGAGAGCGUGGGACCAGAGAAUUUUGAGAUUAUCAAAGACUUUGUAACUGCAUUAGUAGACAGAGUAACUGUGGGCAGAAAUGCUACCAGAAUUGGCCUCGUACUGUACAGUUUAGAAGUUCAGCUAGAAUUUGGUCUCAACAAGCAUACAACUCAACAGGAUGUUAAACGAGCAAUUAGAAAAAUGCAAUACAUGGGAGAAGGCACUUACACAGGAACUGCUAUCCGUAAAGCAACCCAGGAAGGGUUUUUAGGUGCUCGAACAGGAGUGCGAAAAGUAGCUAUUGUGCUCACCGAUGGCCAAGCGGACAAGAGAGAAGCGGUGAAACUGGAUAUUGUCGUUCGAGAGGCUCAUGCAGCAAACAUCGAAAUGUAUGCAAUAGGAAUUGUCAAUACUUCCGAUCCAACACAGGCUGAGUUUGUGCAUGAACUAAAUCUGAUUGCUUCUGAUCCGGACAGAGAACACAUGUAUCUCAUCGAUGACUUUAAUACUCUCCCAGCUCUGGAGUCCAAAUUAGUCAACCAAUUUUGUGAAGAUGAGCAUGGUACCUUAAUUUACAAUCGUAAUGGAAACGUUGCAAGCAUAAGUGGACCAUCUUUCCAUGCAGUGUCUUCAAGUCCUUCAUAUUACAUGCUUCAGAACAACAAUAUUAAUGGACAAGCACUGUCAGCACAGACACCUGGGGUAUCUACAACAACCAGUGUACCUACUGUGGUAGUUAAUGAAGCCUAUGAAGAUAAACUAGAGGAAAAGGAACAGUCAUCCUUGGUAACAGUGGACAUUCGAGCUGUGACAUCGUCAUUGCCACCAUCUUCAGACAAAGUGCUGACAUCAUCUCUUUCAACUGCGAGGCUCACACCAAGGCCAGAAAGUGUUCUGGACCUCCGAUGCAAGUUAAGGCUGGAUCAAGGGCCAUGCCGUGUUUAUAUCAUAAAAUGGUAUUACGAUAAACAGGCCAAUGCAUGUGCUCAGUUUUGGUAUGGUGGCUGUGAUGGAAAUGCAAAUCGUUUUGAGAGUGAAGAGGAAUGUAGAGAGGCUUGUGUAUUUUCUUCUGGAGAAACCUGACAGCUUACAUGGAUUCUGCAAUGAAGUCUUCAUUUUCUUUAAAGAAGAGUGUUCCCAUACUGCUCGCUACUUUAAUAUCUCAAGCACAGAAUAUCAAUUUCUGAAUUACAUGCAACUACUACUCAGGGUUUACCAGAUAAACACAGCGAAUACAACAGCUUGUUCCCUACGUGCUGUCCAGGACACAAGACAGGGAGGUAGCUGAGCUACCCACCUCUCCCAACCACAUCUUUGUUAGAUUUAGACCUUCUAUCUAUCAGCACUCCUCAGUUUCCAGUAAUUAGCGAGGCACAUGACAAAUGAAAUUAAGCACUUCCACAAAUUUGUAUAGGUGACUAUGCCAGUAGCUGACAUCAACAAGUGAGGUUAGUUCAUGCCUAAAAUGGUUCUUGUCAUAUGUUUCUAUUCUGAAAGCCCUGACUUCUAAAUGCAUUUUAGUAUUUUACUGUUAAAAACUCAUUUGACUUAUGUUCAAAGCAUCAAACUAAGCAGAGUUUACUCUUUGUUGCCUGUCACUGCCAUGUGGCUUUUUACAUCUGUUUGCAUUUAUUUGAUAUGUCUCUUAUUUCUUGAAUUAUAUACUUAAAAUCAGCUUGUUUCCAAUAAACUGUUUCUGGUUUUACUGCUAGAAUAGAGAGUGGAUAAACAGUACCUUUACAGAACUGAAAACUGAUCUCACUACUAAGUUACAGCUAGAUGUGUUCCUGAUUAUACAUCUGGCUUUCUACCACAGUCCCGCUAGGGAAUUGCCACAGAUCAGGCACUCCUGCA